AUGGCGGGCGGCUUUGUGGUGGCGAGCGGCAACAAGAUCAAGGGCGGGCGAUGGACCGUCUUCCGCUUCUUCCUGGUCUCCGUCGCCUUCACCAGCGCCUGGGUGGCGGUGUCCAGCCAGCUGGGCUACUACCGCCAGAUCCACGGCCCCGCGGUGCUGCUGCAGCUCAACAUCGCCUACUUCAUGCCCUCCAUCCCCCUCCUCAUCUUCUCCGCCUUCCUGGACAAGCCCCUGGAGGAACGCCUAGGAGUGGCAAAGACGAUUCUGUGCCGGCUGCUGGUGGGGCUGCUGGGAUACGCCGCCGUCUGCAUCUGGUUCCCCUUCAUGCCCGAAAAGAUCUGGUUCCUGCUGGGCGCGGUGGUGGCGCUGGGCCUGUUCAGUGGCAUCGCCUUCUCCGCCUCCUACCAGCUGGUGGCGCGGUUUGCCAACAAGAACGUCAUCGCGCUGGGGCUGGGCUGCUCCGCCAGCGGACCGCUGGUGCUGCUGCUGCAGCUGGCCCUGAACAUGGGGCCCACGCCCACCCGGCGGCAGCAGAUCUUUCUUUUCGAGAUCAUCGGGGUGAUCAUCGCGGGCGGGCUGUGGGCCACAGUCAGCCUGCUGGUGCGCCACUGGCGCUCCAUUGAGGCCCACGCCAGCAGGCUGGUGAGCGCAGCCCGGGCGUGGCCCGCGUCGGCGGUGCCGCUUGACCAGCAGCUGCGGGCUUACGUCCAGCGCUUGUCAGUCGAGGCAUGCCUGUGUUUAGGUAACAGCCCCAUGCUGCUGCUGCUCCCCCUGUCCCCCAUCCCCUCGGGCGACCUGCCCAGCACCCCGAGCGGUGGCGGCAGCGGCGGCGGCCAGCUGCAGCUGCUGGCUGCCACGGUGUGGAAGCAGCGGUCGCUGCCGCCCCUGGCGGCCUACAACAGCCUGGAGCCAUACCAGACCUUCCUGUCCACGGACUAUGAGAUCGGCUCCGAGCUGCCCAUCUCCUGGAGCGACGCCGCCCUGCAGGCGGCAGGGGAGGUCGCGGCGGCAGCAGGCGGCGGCGGCGGCGAUGCGUACGUCAGCGUGCGGGAGCGGCAGGGGCCCGGCGAAUGGCAGCCGUCGCCGGAGGCCUCGUCCCCAGAGGCGACUACAGCGGUUGGUAGCCCCGGCGGACACGACACAUCCAAAGCGCCAAGUGCUGGCCAGGCGCUAGCCCUCCAAGUGCACAACCAGGCCGAUACAGCGGCGGCUGACAGCGAGCUGCACAAGGAGGGCCUCAGCGGGGGCGGCAGCGCCAGCUGGCAGGCCUUGCGGCUGAUGUGGCCGCCGCUGGCCGCGCUCAGCCUCUCCAGCACCAUCGCCCUCAUCCUCUUCCCGCUCUUCACCUAUGUGCCCACCUCUGGGCUGCUGGGAGAGACGCUGCCAAAGGUCAUCUUCUUUGUACGCAUCUUUGCCGAUGUGCUGGGCCGCUUCCUGCCGCGGCUGGGCCUGCUGGCCUCCCGCUCGCCCUACACCCCGCUGGCGGUAGCCUCCCUCAAGCUGGCGGGCGUCCCGCUGUUCCUGCUGUACCUCAAGAGCCCCAAGCACCUGCACAGCGACGUGGCAGUGGUCUUGUUUGUGACGAUGAUCUGGGUGCUGGGAGGCUACAUCAACACAAUGAGCAACAUGCUCGCGCCCAAGCUGGUCCCGCCUCAGCUCAAGGGCACUGCGGCAGGGCUGAUGGCGAUUGCCUACCAGGCAGCUCACUUCCUGGGCCUGGCCAUCGCCACACUGACUGCCUUUUUGAUGUUUGGCAGCAUUGGCGUGGACUAG